AUGUCAGUUGUGCAGGUAUGCCUGGCAUCCGGCUAUAGAGUCAAUCUCUAUGGCAGAAGUGGCGAUUCGCGUGCCAGAGCUAGGGACCAACUGCGGAAGAACCUAGCCAAGAGUGCGACCAAGAAACGGGGAGAAGAUGCCGAUACGAUGGAUAUUCAAAAGGCAGUUGAUACUCAGAUGGCUCAUCUACAGCUUUGCUCGGACAUCCGUACCGCAGUUACUGGCGCCGAUUAUGUGAUCGAAGCUGUGGUCGAGAAGAAAUCCGUGAAAGAUGAUGUCUUUGCUGAAGCUCAACGCUUCUGCCCAUCGCACGCACUUCUAAUCACAAACACAUCAUCAAUCCGUCUUUCUGAUAUGCUCUCAUGCAUUCAAGAUCAUUCUCGUUUCGCUGGAUUGCAUUUCUUCAAUCCUGUACCCCUGAUGAAACUAGUGGAAGUGGUCAGCACUGGCGAAACUUCUGAAGAGACGCACACUAGGCUAAUGCAGUUCUGUCAAUCACUAGGGAAGCGACCUGUUUCUUGCAAGGUAGGCUCACAAUAA